AGCCAGAUGCGGUCGAGCGACGCCGGAGAUGGCUUCGGCUGGAGGCGGCGACUGCGAGGGCGCCGGGCCCGAGGCGGACCGCCCUCACCAGCGGCCCUUCUUGAUCGGCGUGAGCGGCGGAACCGCGAGCGGCAAGUCCACCGUGUGUGAGAAGAUCAUGGAGCUGCUGGGACAGAAGGAAGUGGAUCACCGGCAGCGCAAACUGGUCAUCUUGAGCCAAGACAGGUUCUAUAAGGUCCUGACCGCGGAGCAGAAGGCCAAGGCCUUGAAGGGACAGUACAACUUCGACCACCCAGAUGCUUUUGAUAACGAUUUGAUGCACAGGACUCUGAAAAACAUCGUGGAGGGCAAAACAGUGGAGGUCCCCACCUAUGAUUUUGUGACCCACUCAAGGCUCGCGGAGACCACGGUGGUCUACCCCGCAGAUGUGGUCCUGUUCGAGGGCAUCCUCGUCUUCUACAGUCAGGAGAUCCGGGACAUGUUCCACUUGCGCCUCUUCGUGGACACCGACUCCGACGUCAGGCUGUCUCGGAGAGUUCUCCGGGACGUGCAGCGGGGCCGGGACCUGGAGCAGAUCCUGACGCAGUACACCACCUUCGUCAAGCCGGCCUUCGAGGAGUUCUGCCUGCCGGUACCGCCUUCCGCUUGCCCGGGGACCUCCUUCCCCCCUUGUCAGAAGGCCCCCCGGUGCCUGUUCUGUGAGAGCCGAGUCGUGGACGGACGCAGUCAGCUGUAUACGUGGAGAAACAAAGAAGUACGCAGACGUGAUCAUCCCUCGAGGGGUUGACAACAUGGUGGCCAUCAACCUCAUCGUGCAGCACAUCCAGGACAUCCUCAACGGCGACAUCUGCAAGUGGCAUCGCACAGGGGCCAACGGGCGCAGCCACAAGAGGACGUUCCCGGAGCCAGGGGAGCACCCCGCGGUGCUGGCCGCGGGCAAGCGCUCGCACCUGGAGUCCAGCAGCAGGCCCCACUGAGGAGCAGGCUGCUCGGCGCCUGGCGGGCCCGGAGAGGACACACGGCCACAGACAGGGCGCUGUCGGGGUCCCGGUUACCUCGAGAGACCUGGACGAGUCGUCCACACCGUGUGACAGGUUCUCUGCCAGCGGCCCUGACCUCCUCCCCCGCUUCCUGUGUCACGGGGGCUGGAAGGGCUCUUCGCUGCUGAGAAUGGCCACAGAAUGUGUGGUACGCAAGGCCCAUGUUUGGGGGAACGAUGAAGAAACAGCCUGGUCACCGUGAUUUUGACGGUGAACCCCUGGCGAGAGAGACUAGCGUGACCUGGUUCACGCACGUGUAACUGGAACACAAGUUUAAAGAGAUAACCCUCUUCCGUUUUACUUGUUACACAACCACAUGUUUUCUGUUUACUCUGGUUUCCUAAUACCAUGCUCGCUGUGACCUAGUAACCCAACUUCAUGAGCCACUGGCGGGUCAUGAUCCUGGUACACACUGAUCUGGCACGCAAGGAGCCACGGAGAGGCGUCCUUCCUUCUGGCCUGUGCUCCGAAGGCAGAGCCAGGAGGGAGCCCUGGGGAGCAAGCUUUUCCUUAACCAGCACCACACACAUAGCCGGGGUCCCCUGGCUCAGCCCAGCCCUGCCCGCCUGCUUUCCUGCGAGCACAGCGUCUGGCUCGGCGCCCCAGAGCCCGGGCUGCCGUGUGGACAGGCCCUUCCUGGUGUCGCCCAUGGCCAAGGUGUGUGUGGACCGGGAGGUGUGAGCAGACGCUGUUGGUAAAGUGGCCAGUCCCUUGUGCUUGCCCAGUGACCUUGCCUCCCAGACGCUGGUGCUCUUGUCCUGGCUUGUCCCCCUUCCAUGUGGCAGCUGCUCUGUAAAAGUGGUCCCUCCCCAUUGCCGCCAGCUGUCGAGUGCUAACUAGUUACACUGGGACGUCGGGUGAGCCUGGCUGAGCUUGAGGGCUGGUUUCUGAUGACUGUGACGGUUUUGUCAAGUUUACUGUUCUUUUUGGAGAGAGAACCAAUAAAUAACACCAAAUGUGAA